AUGGCCGCUCCCGUUGCACCUGGUGCUGUUGACCAGCUUGCCGCUGAUCUCGGAAACACCACCCUCGGUGACAGCCGCGCGCCCGCGAUCAACACGAAUGUGGCAUCUGGCGAAUACCAGGCCGCCGACACCGAUACGGCUGGUCCUACCCCGAGCUCCGCGGCUCCCCACCCACAGUCUUCGGCGUCCCUCUACGUCGGGGAGCUGGACCCUUCUGUGACCGAGGCUAUGCUCUUCGAGUUAUUCUCUCAGAUUGGGUCUGUCGCCUCGAUCCGCGUCUGCCGUGAUGCUGUCACACGCCGUUCGCUGGGCUAUGCCUACGUCAACUAUAACUCGACCCAGGAUGGCGAGAAGGCUCUGGAGGAGCUCAACUACACGCUCAUCAAGGGCCGCCCUUGCCGCAUCAUGUGGUCGCAGCGUGACCCUGCUUUGCGCAAGACCGGCCAGGGCAAUGUCUUCAUCAAGAACCUUGAUGUCGCCAUCGAUAACAAGGCGCUGCACGACACGUUUGCUGCUUUCGGCAACAUUCUGAGCUGCAAGGUCGCCCAGGACGAGCACGGAAACUCCAAGGGCUACGGAUUCGUGCACUACGAAACCGAUGAGGCCGCUGCGCAGGCCAUCAAGCACGUCAACGGCAUGCUUCUGAACGAGAAGAAGGUUUACGUUGGAUACCACAUCCCCAAGAAGGAUCGUCAGAGCAAGUUUGAGGAGAUGAAGGCCAACUACACGAACGUGUAUGUCAAGAACAUCAACCUCGAGGUCAGCGACGACGAGUUCCGCGACCUGUUCGCCAAGUACGGUGAUAUCACCUCGUCAUCACUUGCCCGCGACAGUGAGGGCAAGAGCCGCGGUUUCGGCUUCGUCAACUUCACCGCCCACGCGAGUGCGGCGAAAGCUGUCGAGGAGCUGAACGGCAAGGAAUACCGCGGCCAGGAGCUCUACGUCGGCCGUGCUCAGAAGAAGCAUGAGCGUGAGGAGGAGCUUCGGAAGUCUUACGAGGCUGCUCGCCUUGAGAAGGCAAGCAAGUACCAGGGCGUCAACCUCUACAUCAAGAACCUGAGCGACGAUGUCGACGACGACAAGCUGCGCCAGAUGUUCGCCGAGUUCGGUCCCAUCACUUCUGCCAAGGUCAUGCGUGAUGCGGCCCCCGAGCCCGGUGCAGCCGGCUCCGAGGACGACAAGGAGGGGAAGGAUAAGGAAAAUAAGAAGGAGGGCGAGAAGGAGGGUGAGGGUGAGACUUCCGAGAAGAAGACGGAGAAGAAGGGUGACCGCAGGCUCGGCAAGAGCAAGGGUUUUGGUUUCGUGUGCUUCAGCAACCCUGACGACGCGACCAAGGCUGUCGCUGAGAUGAACCAGCGCAUGAUUGACGGCAAGCCGCUCUACGUCGCGCUUGCCCAGCGCAAGGACGUGCGUAAGAGCCAGCUCGAGGCGAGCAUCCAGGCUCGCAACCAGCUCCGCCUGCAGCAGGCUGCUGCGCAGGCCGGCAUGCCUCAGCAGUUCAUGCAACCUCCUGUCUAUUAUGCUCCCGGCCAGCAGCCCGGCUUCCUGCCUCCUGGCGGCCGUGGCAUGCCUUUCCCCCAGGGCGGUAUCGGCAUGCCUGGCGUGCAGGGAGGCCGUCCCGGACAAUUCCCUCCUUAUGCCCAGCAGGGCGGUCGCGGUGGCAUGCCGCCUCAGCAGAUCCCCAUCUACCCACUUGGGCAGUUCCCUCCCGGAGCAUACCCUCAGCCCAACAACCCGCAGUUCCUUGCCGCCAUUCAGCAGGUCCAGCAGCAGGCCGCUGCUCUCGGUGGCGGACGUGGCGGUCCUGGCGGCCGUGGUAUGCAGGGUAUGCCUGUUCCCCAAGGAAUUCCGGGUGGUCCUGCUCUUAGCGGAUAUCCUCCGAACAGCCGGCCCCAGAACGGCAACAUGGGCGGUCGCGGCGGGCCCAACCGCGCUGGUGGUAACUUCGCCGCUGGCCGUGGUGCAGUUCCUCCUGCCGGACCUCUAGGUGCGGCUGGCGAGCUCAGUGCUAGCUCCCUCUUGCAAUCGCAGCUCGCUGCCACCACGAACCUUCAGCAGCAGAAGCAAAUUCUCGGCGAGAAUCUGUUCCCUAAGAUUCAGGCCAUUCAGCCUGAGCUGGCCGGUAAGAUCACUGGUAUGCUGCUGGAGAUGGACAACAAUGAGCUCGUGAACCUGCUUGAGGAUGAGGCCGCUCUCCUUGCCAAGGUCAACGAGGCCAUGGCUGUCUACGACGAAUAUGUCAAGUCGCAGCAGGGCCAGCAGGGACAGGGCCAAGGCCCUGCGCAGGGCGAGGCUCAGGCCGACAAGCCCAAGGAGGAGAAGGGCGAGGAGAAGGCUUAA